CCAGGAAAAUCAACAUCGCUCACGUCGCGGUCUCCGCGUACCACCACCACCUUCCCUAUACCACCCGGCGACUGAUCCGCGGCUCACUAUGCACUUGUACAACCUGACUCUGCAAGCCCCGACCGCCGCGGUACAAGCUAUAGUGGGCAAUUUUUCUGGCGCCCGGCAGCAAGAAAUCAUCAUCUCCAAUGGGACGCGACUACAGCUGUUACGACCAGAUGUGCAGACUGGGAAGGUCGCGACGGUCGUCGAGUCUGAUGUGUUCGGGUCUAUUCGCUCCUUGGCAGCGUUUCGCUUGACGGGAGGGACGAAGGACUACGCUAUCGUUGGCUCAGACUCCGGCCGCAUCGUCAUCCUUGACUAUGACCCCAAAACGACGAGUUUCGUGAAAUUGCACCAAGAAACAUACGGCAAGACGGGUGCUCGGAGGAUCGUCCCUGGACAGAUGCUUGCCAUCGACCCUAAGGGACGCAGUGUGAUGAUAUCUGCCGUCGAAAAGUCGAAAUUCGUAUACAUUCUCAACCGGGACGCCGCUGCGAAUCUGACGAUCUCGUCGCCGCUCGAGGCGCACAAGGCAAAUACGAUUAUACAUCACAUCGUUGGUGUGGAUGUGGGCUUUGAGAAUCCUAUGUAUGCUGCUCUCGAAGUUGAUUACACCGAGUCUGAUCAAGACCAUACCGGUGAAGCCUUCAAGAACACUCAAAAGAUGCUCACGUACUACGAACUCGAUCUUGGCCUGAAUCACGUUGUUCGCAAGUGGAGCGAACCUACUGACCCGCGCGCAAACUUACUGGUGCAAGUCCCCGGUGGCCAAGUCGCCUCUUCUGACCGAUUCGACGGUCCAUCGGGUGUGCUCAUCUGCUGCGAAGAUCAUAUCAUCUACCGGCAUAUGGACUCUCGGCAACACCGAGUGCCGAUUCCUCGUAGGAAACAUCCCUUGGAGACCACCGAAAGGAAGAUUAUUAUUGUGACAGCGGUCAUGCACAAGAUGAAGGGUGCAUUCUUCUUCCUACUCCAAAGCGAAGAUGGAGACCUGUAUAAGGUUACCAUCGAACACGAAGAGGAAGAAGUGCGGGCUUUGAAAGUCAAAUAUUUCGAUACAGUACCGGUUGCAUCAUCUCUAUGUAUUCUCAAAUCUGGCUUCCUUUUUGUAGCAGCUGAAUUUGGCAAUCAUUACCUCUAUCAAUUCCAAAAACUUGGUGACGACGACAAUGAGCCCGAGUACACUUCGACGUCAUAUCCCUCAUUCGGCAUGGCCAAUCCGAACACACCACUUCCAUAUGCAUUCUUCCGACCCCGGCCUCUGGAGAACUUGGCUGUCGCCGACGAGCUGGAAUCGCUAGACCCGAUCAUUGACUCCAAGGUGCUCAACAUCCUGCCAAACUCAGACGCUCCCCAGAUCUUUGCUGCCUGUGGUCGAGGCCCCCGAAGCACGUUGCGAACGCUCAGGCAUGGAUUGGAUGUGGAGGAGAGUGUGAGCUCUGAGCUACCGGGCAUUCCAAAUGCUGUCUGGACAACGAAAAAGAAGGAAGAUGACGAGUAUGACUCUUACAUCAUCCUGUCCUUCGUUAACGGCACGCUCGUGCUAUCCAUCGGCGAGACGAUCGAGGAAGUUCAAGACACGGGUUUCCUAUCCUCUGCGCCAACAUUGGCGGUGCAGCAGAUUGGUUCCGACGCGCUCUUGCAGGUGCAUCCCCACGGCAUCCGACACGUACUGCCUGAUGGGCGUGUCAACGAAUGGCGGGUCCCCGAGGGUAAAACGAUCGUCUGCGCCACCACCAACAAGCGACAAGUUGUGGUAGCUCUGAGCUCGGCCGAGCUGGUCUAUUUUGAGCUGGAUUUGGAUGGUCAGUUGAACGAGUAUCAGGAUAGGAAAGCUAUGGGGAGCACCGUUCUGGCACUGAGCAUUGGCGAAGUUCCAGAGGGACGACAGAGGACGCCCUUCUUGGCCGUAGGAUGUGAGGAUCAGACUGUUCGGAUCGUCUCUUUGGACCCCGAAUCAACGCUCGAGGCGAUUAGUCUGCAGGCCUUGACGGCACCUGCUGCUUCGAUCUGCAUCGCAGACAUGCUGGACGCCAGUAUCAACAAAACGCAGCCCACGAUGUUCGUGAAUAUCGGUCUGCAGAACGGAGUUCUCUUGCGCACAGUCUUGGAUCCGACAAACGGUCAGCUUACGGACACUCGAACCCGUUUCUUGGGUACCAGACCUAUUCGCCUGUUGCGUGUGCAGAUUCAGAAGAAUCCGGCGAUUUUGGCUCUAUCUUCGAGGUCCUGGCUCAACUACACUCACCAAAAUCUGAUGCAUUUCACACCGCUGAUUUUCGAGAACUUGGACUACGCCUGGAGCUUUUCAGCCGAGCUCAGUCCAGAGGGUCUGAUUGGAAUCACGGGCAGUACAUUGAGAAUCUUCCAAGUGCCUAAACUGGGUACACGGCUCAAGCAAGACUCGAUGCAGCUUUCCUACACGCCUAGGAAAUUCGUCACCCAUCCUGAAAACCACUAUUUCUACAUGAUCGAGAGCGACCACAGAGUAGUCGGGACGGAGGCCACCGCGAAAGGCUUGAUGGAGUUGCGAGCGCAAGGAAAGAAGAUCGACGAAGAUGUCGUGAAUUUGCCGCCAGAAGUCUUUGGAUACCCCAAGGCCCUAGCGGGGACGUGGGGCUCUUGUGUGCGAGUGAUAGAUCCCAUCAACUCUGCGACCCUCUCUCUCAUCCAGCUGGACAACAAUGAAGCCGCGUUCUCAAUGGCUAUUGUACCGUUCUCUGCCAGAGGCGGCGAGCUGGUGUUGAUUGUUGGCACGGCUGCCGACACGCAUGUGUCCCCCCGGUCGUGUUCGAGCGGAUUCCUGCGGGCGUAUAAAUUCGUCAAUGACGGUGCUGGGCUGGAGUUCAUGCACAAGACCGAGAUCGACGAUGUGCCAUUGGCUCUGUUGGCAUUCCAGGGUCGGCUGGUGGCUGGUGUUGGCAAAGCUCUUCGGAUAUAUGAGAUUGGGAAGAAGAAGCUGCUUAGGAAGGUCGAGAACAAGGUGCGCGUGCUCAACAAUCUCCUCUUUUGGUCUAAUCACCUUCCUUCCUCAUAGAGCUUUGGCUCUACGAUUGUCACACUCCACACGCAAGGUUCGCGCAUCGUCGUCGGAGACAUGCAAGAGUCCGUGUCGUUCGCUGUCUACAAGCCGCCUGAAAAUCAGCUCCUUGUAUUUGCCGAUGACACACAACCACGGUGGGUCACCGCCGUGACGAUGAUGGACUACAACACCAUCGCCGUUGGUGAUCGAUUCGGGAAUGUGUUUGUGAACAGGCUGGACAGCAAGGUGUCAGAAGAGGUCGACAGUGAUCCGACAGGUGCCGGGAUUCGACCUGACAAAGGGCUGCUGAUGGGCGCACCGCACAAGACGAAGCUGCUUGCGCAUUUCCACGUGGGGGACGUCAUCACCUCGCUGCACAAGGUGUCCAUGGUCGCCGGAGGACGGGAGAUCGUCCUCUACACGUGCCUGCAUGGAACAAUCGGGAUUCUCGUUCCAUUCGUGUCCAAGGAGGAUGUCGAUCUGCUGACGACGCUCGAACAACACAUGAGAUCCGAACAGAGCUCUCUCGUGGGUCGUGACCACUUGAGUUGGCGCGGUUAUUAUGUUCCCGUCAAAUCUGUUGUCGAUGGAGAUCUGGUGGAGAACUUUGCCAGGUUGCCGAUGCCAAAGCAGGCUUCGAUUGCCAGCGAGCUCGACCGCACCGUCGGAGAGAUUUUGAAGAAAUUGGAGCAGUUGAGGACCACCACCAGCGGGUUUUAGGCUUACCUGUUCUCUCCUUGUAUCGUCCCUGUACUAUAUCGCAAGCAAACUUUCUUAUGCAAAUCUCUGUCACUGCCUAAA